GGCAAUUUUCAUGAAUAUCACAAAGAUGAGGGGGUUUUGAGCAAAUGUUUCCAUAUUUGAAGGAAGGGUGGUCAAUUUACAAUUUUUAAUAGUUGAGGAAGUAAUUUGAAAUAAAAUGAGAAUCAAGGACAAUGGAAGGGAUGAGAGGGGUAUAUUCGGCUUUUUGCUGCUCAACAGGCCUGAACAAAUUUGAUUUUGUAAAGAACAUAGUUACGCACCCAAAAAGUUUCUGAAUUUUCAAAUUGGUCCUCCGUUGGUUCCGGCCUUAAUCCCAGAAGCAAUGGCGACGGCAAUGGCUGCUACUGUAGCUCCACCAGCUCUCAUUCUAUGGAUUAUUCUCGUAUUAUCUCCCAUGUUUCUCUCUAUUUGCUCGGCUUCUGAAUUCUCGUUAGUUGUUUCUGGGCCUACGGAGUUGGAGCUAUCUCCAAGUUUGAUAGUUGAAAAUUCUCCAGGUUCCAAGCCUGGAAGUAAAGUAAAAUGUGAGAGACUUCAGAUUCAUGGUUCACCAAGGAUUGAACAUUUGAACAAGUUUGCCAAUUCUUUGAAAGUAAAAGUUUCAUGCGUAAACCCAAGUGGUUGUCCGCCAAAUAUUGGGAUCUGUUUCCACAGAUGAUAGGGAUGUGCCCUAAGGACCAGUGGGAAAGGCUCACUGAAGGUUUAUGGGUUAAAUCAAUGUCUCCUUUUGAUCACAAAAUAUUAGACAUAAGAAUGGCGGCAUCUUAUUCAGAAAGUCUUCAUGUGUCUCUUGAUGAAGAAUUUUUUUCGUAUAGGAUAUUGUUCCUGGUUUUGGGAAUAGUAUUGAUGAGUCUGGCCUCCUGGCUGAGCCAGUCUAUAGUUUUUUACUACAGUGGUGCUAUGGCAAUAGGGGUUUUUCUUGUAAUAUUAAUGAUCCUUUUCCAGGGGAUGAAGCUUCUUCCAACUGGUCGGAAAAGUUCAUUAGCAAUAUUUUUAUACUCGUUCUCUGUUGGCUUGGGAUCUUUUUUACUCCGCUAUGUGCCUAGAUUGUUGCGAUCACUACUUCUCGAGAUUGGGCUUUCAGAAGAUAUGUACAAUCCUCUAGCUGUAUUUCUAUUGGUUUUCCUCGUAAUUGCUGGAGCUUGGCUGGGUUUUUGGGUUGUGCGCAAACUUGUACUAACAGACGAUGGCACUAUUGAUAUUGGUGUAUCUCAUUUUAUCACCUGGUCAAUUCGGAUCGUUGCCUCUGUGAUGAUACUUCAGAGUUCUGUAGAUCCGUUAUUGGCAGCAGAGGCAUUGGUGGGCGCAAUCAUUGUUUCUUCAGUGUUGAGGAAGUUUGUCAAACCAAAGGUUGUUCGUCGUGUCUACAAAAAGUUGUGUAGACUGGACAGAGAACCUCUUAAUCCCUAUGCAUCGCCAGUCACCAACUCGUCCAUUUCCAGACCUUUCACCAGAGCUCCAUAUACUCCCCUACAAGGUUCAACCAAUAAGUCACCUACACGGUUGCCAGAUUCAGGGGCUUUCUUCUCUACUUUCCACGACAUUCCUGAUCGAAAGAAAUUUACAAAGGACGAAUGGGAGUCGUUCACUAGGGAGUCGACACGCAAAGAGCUAGAAGGCCUGGUUUCUACACCAGAUUUUAGCAAAUGGGCCGUCACCCAUGCAGACAGGUUAACCUUAGCUCCAAACAAAGAAACAGCAGAUAAACAGAGGAGAUGGUUCCAUUGGUUAUAAAGAUCCAUCCUAACUUGACACACGAUCUACUCUGUACAACAACUAGAUUUUUGUAUGAUUAGUGCCUUUAGUUUAGGGCUACCCUGGAAACCCAUGAUUUUUAUGUCAACCUCUCUUGUAUUCUAAUGAAAACUAGGCCUGGCUAAUCAAUUAACCUCAUUGACUUGUUACAAGCAGCAAGAACAUUUACUAGGACAUUCACUGUGAUUAAUGUACAUCUGAAUAUGUUUGGUGAUUUAUUGUUAAGUGAUCAGCUGGCCUGAUUGCUAAGCAGCGGAUACGAGAUAUCUACAUGCUUGGGAUUGGAGGGUCGCACAGCACUUGGUAGGUCC